GGGCGAAAAGGUCAGGGAACGAAACAACCGAAAAUUCACUACACUUCAAGUGUCGCACGUGCAAAGAUUUUGUAAAUUCGUCUCUGCAGCAAAAAUGGACUUUUCAACAGCAGGUGCUGGAGGUAAAUUAGAUUCCUCACAACGAGAGGCAUUGAUGAGUCAAGUCAAACAACAAAUAGCUGUCGCAAAUGCUCAAGAAUUGUUGCAGAAAAUGACAGAUAAAUGCUUCAAGAAGUGUAUUAAUAAACCAGGCUCAUCUUUAGACAAUAGUGAAACGAAAUGUAUAGCCAUGUGUAUGGAUAGAUAUAUGGACGCAUGGAAUCUAGUCUCAACAACAUACCAAACACGUUUAUCAAAGGAAAGAUCACGGAUGAGUUAACUCUGAAAACAUUUAAUUAGGUAAUCAAAGAUACAAGAUCAGCAGUGGAAUGGCCAGGAAGAAACAAGAGAUCAUGGCUUUGGGGAGAAAGAGAUCACAGGGAAUGGUACUGGGAAAUCAGAUAGAGGUUUUGUCGAAACCUGACACCUGACUUGAGUGUGCCUUGCAUUAACCAAUCAAAGAUAAAGCUCAAGGUCAUCCCUUCCAAGAUGGCUGUGCCCAUGGAACAUAUUGGAAAGAAGAAUAAUGAGAAGGAAUUGGGCAGGUUCCUCCUUCCCCCUUCUAAUUGGGCCUCAACAUCCUCGUCCCUCCAAAUUUCUGCGAGAGCGAGUCUCGUUCGGGCCCCAAGUCGGCCCCCUGCCCUGGUUCCAGUCAUAACUCCAAGGGUACAAAAUCCAGGAAAGCGUAGAGAAACUCGGACACUCCAUCACAUUGACAGGUGAAAUACAGAACACGAGUGACCCUAAGUGUUCUACCUGUAGCUUUUGCCGUUCACACGCAAUGCUACACCGUUAGGAGCUGUAUCGAUUGAACUGGAACGCGGGACAAUGCUACACCGUUAGGAGCUGUAUCGAUUGAACUGGAACGCGGGACAAUGCUACACCGUUAGGAGCUGUAUCGAUUGAACUGGAACGCGGGACAAUGCUACACCGUUAGGAGCUGUAUCGAUUGAACUGGAACGCGGGCCGGAUAAUGCUACACCGUUAGGAGCUGUAUCGAUUGAACUGGAACACGGGCCGGAUAAUGCUACACCGUUAGGAGCUGUAUCGAUUGAACUGGAACGCGGCCCGGAUAAUGCUACACCGUUAGGAGCUGUAUCGAUUGAACUGGAACGCGGGCCAGACAAUGCUAAACUUGGCCAUUUAGCCCCAACGAUUUCAAAUCUUUAUAAGAGGCCUCAUGUGUGAAAAGAUAUAUCGUUAUAACUCGCUGGAACUUUUUCAAAUCGUUAUAAGGCUCUAGUGUGAACACUGCUUAAGCUUCCAUUGAUAAAUGUUAGCAGUUUCUAGUUCCUCUCAUGUAGUUGAUUAUGUAGCCGAUGAGCUGCAGAAGAAGUCAUCACUAGUUCAGUUAUUUUCAGAACAUUCAGCUAGUCGAAAAGACUUGUGCCAUGACUGGCUCUCUUUAAAAAAAGGCAUUCGGAUUCUCUGAGACCAAUAUUUAGAUGUCUGUUCAAUUCAGUUUGAACACAUGAUCGGGUUAUAACACUGUAGUAUGCGUGUCUGUAUGAUAGUAAUAUGCUUUUGUUAAUAAAUAUGAUUUACAUGUGAUGUUUU